AUGUUUGGGUUCGGAAGUCGCAUCCACGAGUCAGAGUAUGUGAGCGAUGCCGGUCUGGCUAACCUCCGUCUCUACAAGUACGGCUGCGUCGACAAGUCGCCCGUCACCAAAUACGUCCUCAGUCAUUACUGGAACUGGGCCGUCACCCUCUUCCCCAUGUGGAUGGCCCCCAACUUGAUUACGCUGAUCGGCUUUGGAUUCGUGGUCUCGAACUUGUUCGUCGUCAUGUACUUUGUCCCUGAUCUGUACUCCCCCGGCCCUACCUGGGUCUACUUCAGCUGCUCCAUUGGAUUGUGGUUGUACUCGACUUUUGACAAUGUUGAUGGAAAGCAGGCUCGUCGCACUGGAACCUCGUCGCCCUUGGGAGAGUUGUUUGAUCACGGAUGUGACGCCUUGAACUGCUGCAUUGGUUCCGUCAACCAGGCCGCCUGUAUGUCGAUGGGUCACUCCUGGUACUCGGCCUUCCUCUUGCUCCUUACCACCCUCCCUUUCUUCCUGUCCACCUGGGAGGAGUACCACACUGGAGUCCUCUACCUCGGAUAUGUCAACGGUCCCACCGAGGGUCUUAUCCUUGCCUGCCUCGUUAUGGCGGUCUCUGGCUUUAUGGGGCCUCUCUUCUGGAGAUCUAACGCCGUCGCGCUCUUUGGCACCGGUUUUGGCAUCAUCCCCGACGACUGGAUUCUCUUGGACCUCAUGGUUGCCGGUAUGACCAUCCUCAUGGUUGUCGGUCACAUUCCCCCUUGCUUGAUUGCUGUGUACAAGUCAUGCAAGGAGCAGAACAAGUCGGUCAUUGCUGCCUACUCUGAGCUUUUGCCUAUGUCAUUGUUCCUUGUCAGCGCCUAUGCCUGGCUCUCGUCUCCUUACUCGUACAUCUUCCAGGAGCAGCACUUUAUCCUCUUUGCUGUCACCAUCGGCAUUGUCUUUGGUCGCAUGGCCACCAAAAUCAUCUUGGCCCACGUCACUAAGAGCGCCUUCCCUUACUUCACCGUCCAGUUGAUUCCCCUCAUCUUUGGAGCCUUCAUCACCAACGCCCCAGUGCUGUUCGGAUGGGACCCCAUCUUCACCGCGGAAACCGAGUACUACUUCCUUUGGGCCUACUUCAUCUUUGUCGCAGUCGCCUAUGCCCAAUGGGCCGUUGUUGUCAUUGACAGGUUCUGCACCUACCUUGGCAUCAAGUGCCUGUCUAUUCCCAGACCCAAAGCGCAGCAAUCUGAGGAAGAAGAGGGACUCAUCGGAAGCGCUCCCCGCAACCACCAGGAUUAA